UGUUUGGUCUCAAUCAGAAGCGCGAGCCAGCCAGUCAGUGCUAUAGACGAGGCAGUUGCCUAGCUUUUGCACGCGACACAGUCAGUCUUGUCUUGAUCUUUGUUCGAUACGGUUAGCUAGUUCUCCAGUUGGGUAUUCCUUUCAAGUGACUCUAUAAAGUGAAUAAGUGUGAAUACUUUUCCCUAGUGCAGUUAGCAUUGCUUGAAGUUGUAAGUAACGAACCGUUCAUUAUUCGUUGGGAUCGAGACGCGGCGGCUACCGAGAGGGAAAGCAACACGUCAACCAAGCAAGGCAGCAAGCUAAAGUAAAACCAUGCCAGCUGAUGCAUUUUCAAGAAUGGACUCAUCAGGGUCCGCAGCUGAAUCGUCGUCCUCGAGCGAGGCGAAAGACAUUCCGGCCAACAUCGAAGCUGCCAUUUUGAGGGCACGCACUGAGAGCGAAGGUUCCGAUAAAUCCGGUCCAACUCGAUUCGUCCUGCCCGGAACAUCGGCAAGCCCGCCGAAAAUUCUAACCCUAGAUGAGGUCCAGGACGCCGUCAAGAACAUCGAAAACAUGACCCUAGCUCACGAGAUUGCCAUCAACAGUGACUUCAAGUUGCAGCCGUACGAACCGCCAGAGAACUCGCUGGAGCGUAUCAUCAAGGACACCAUGCACAAGGCGUACUGGGAAGUCCUGCGAGAGCAGCUCGGUCGUCAACCCCCGUGCUACGAUAUGGCCAUCCAGCUGCUGGCCGACAUCAAGGAUGCCUUCCAGAGUGUUCUUAGCAAAAACAACGAACGUGCCCUAGCCCGGAUCAACGAGAUCCUCGAUGAAACUGUGAUACGGCAGCAGGCCGAGCAAGGCGUGCUGGAUUUCCAGGUGUACGCCAAGUUUGUGAUUCACAUUAUGGCCCUCUCGUGCGCUCCGGUGCGCGAUGAACAGAUUGCAAAGUUGAAAGAAAUCCAGGAUGUCGUAGAUCUGUUCCGGGGGAUCUUGGAGGCCUUACAGUUGAUGAAGCUGGACAUGGCCAAUUGUUUGCUGGAUGCCGCCAGGAACGACGUCAUUGCCAACUCGGUCGAAUACGAGAAACAGAAAUUUAAGCAAUUCCUCGAACUUUACAAAGACGGAUUUCCGGAAACGGAAAAAUGGCUCAAACGUAACCAAGUGCUCGAACAACACACUGCCCAAGCUGAACAGGCGGCGGCGACGGCUGGUCCGUCCGCUACCGGUAGCGAUAGUCAAAAUCGUCGCUCAAAGGAUACCAUAUUCAAUGCCUAUUUGGAACUGAUCGAUUGGAACACGGAAAACGAGUUCCCGGAAAUGCUGGAAAUGGAUCGGGAUAGAGUGAUCGGCCUGCAGGGACGUGCCUCCCGUCUAUGCACCUGCGCUUCAACGCUUGCCAUCACGUGUGCUGCCAUACCGUCGAUCGCCCAAUCUGCAGAUAUUCGCAAGAAUCUAGCCAAAGAGCUGGCAAUUUUACUGCAACACUGUAACAACACCAAGGACUUGGACGACAACAUUGAGAACAUUUGGCUCCACGUGCGGUCGGUUAUCGCUACCCGGUUGCAAGAGCUCAACCAAUCCAAGCUGGAUGAAUCGGUUGAAGGUGCGCUGAAAACGCAGAUUCUUCAAAUCGCCAAAAAGGAAUCCCCCGUACGGAAUCUAAUGUGGAAACGCCUUCUUGCUUUCAUUCAGCUGGUGCUAAGGACGAACAGUUCCAUUCCGGCGCCUCCCGGAUUCCAGGAGUUCGCUGACGAUAUCGAGGGCUUAGCCACGGCGUUCAAGCGGAUUUCCUACUACAACUAUGCCGUUUACGGAGAGUAUUACCAUGAAAUCUUGAACAAAGCGUAGACUGGGUGCGAAGCGCAUUGUCAUUGUCACACGUUAGGAUCUUCCUUAUAGUCGCAGUCGUCAUUUGCAUCUAUUUGUGUGUAGUUUUUUGUCUUUCGUACUGGUCAUUACGAAAUAGAUUAUUAUACAAAAUUAAACAUGAACAUAAUAUAUCAUCAGUAGAUAAAAUUUAGGACAUUACCCUUCGUCUGGUAUGAGCAAUUUGUAAGUUCGAAAUGUGAUAGAUUGACAGGAAUUUGUAUUCUGCUGAGGAGAGUCGAAUAACAGUUUAUAGAACAGAUUGGCGGACGGACAAGGACAACUACUAACAACGAGUUUAAUGCUUUUCCGUGUGCAGCUAGCAUACUAACAAAACAAACAAUAUGCCUGCAUACAAUUGUCGCCAAACACUGCUGAAGCUGAAAGUGCCGAGACUUACGUUAACUCGCGCCUUUAUCCUCCAACUGUUCAUCGUAGGUAAGUGUAAUCGUACUACAUACAAUAAUAAUGGAUCAAACAGUGUUCGACCGAAUACAGCAUACACUUCAUAAGUAAAUAGUUGUAGAAAUAAAUUUUACAAAAUGGUAUAUCAAAACAAUAAACGAAA